AUGCCUUCCUCACUCACGCUAUUGAGCGUGGGCUCACUCGCUCUGAUCUCGCCUGCCGUUGCCAGCAGCUAUAACCUCGUCCAGACCUGGCAAGGCGAGGGUUUCCUCGAAUAUUUCGACUUCUUCACCGGCGCGGACCCGACGAACGGCUUUGUCACCUAUACUAAUCAAAGCUAUGCGGAGAGCUCGGGUCUGGUCAAAGUCAACUCCAAUGGUUCCUUCUACAUGGGUGUCGACCAUACAACAAAGCUAAGCACCACCGGUCCCGGUCGUGAGUCGGUCCGUAUCGAGAGCAAGAAGUAUUACGACCAUGGACUAUUCAUCAUCGAUCUUGCGCACAUGCCCGGUAGUGUCUGCGGUACCUGGCCCGCCUUCUGGUCGACUGGCGCCAAUUGGCCAGCCGAUGGAGAGAUCGAUAUCAUCGAGGCCGUCAACUUGAACACGAACAAUGAGAUUGUCCUUCACACGAAGGGCACCUGUGACGUUUCCGCUCAAACUGGUAUGACCGGUACGCUGACUGCCACCCACUGUGGUGAGGAUGCUGGUACCACAGGCUGUGUCGUCGAGGGCCCCAAGGGUUCCUCGGGCACCCCGUUCAACGAGAACGGUGGUGGUGUGUAUGCUAUGGAGUGGCAGGAGGACUACAUCAAGUUCUGGUACUUUGCUCGCGACUCGAUCCCCGCCUCGAUUACUGCUGGUACCCCUGACAUCUCUGCUUUCGGUAAUCCCAUGGGCCACCUCCAGGGUUCUUGCAACUUCGCCGAACACUUCAAGUCCCAGAAAUUCAUCUUCGACACCACCUUCUGUGGUGACUGGGCUGGUGGUGUCUUCCUCUCGUCUGGCUGCCCCGUCAGUGACAAGAGCAGUGCUACCAGGAGCUGUGUUUCCUACGUCGCUGAGAACCCUGCCGCCUUUGAGGAGUCUUACUGGGAAAUCAACUACAUCAAGAUCUUC